AUGAACUCCCCUCUCUCUCUCUCUCUCUCUCUCUGUCUCUCUCUCUCUCUGUCUCUCUCUCUCUAUUACGAAAUUAGUAAUCGAAACGAUCUAUCUAUCUAUCUAUCUAUCUAUCUAUCUAUCUAUCUAUCUAUUCCCGUCUUUUGUGUGCAUAUCUAUCUAUCUAUCUAUCUAUCUAUCUAUCUAUCUCUUCCCGUUUUUUGUUUGCUAUCUAUCUAUCUAUCUAUCUAUCUAUCUAUCUAUCUAUCUCUUCCCGUCUUUUGUUUGCCUAUCUAUCUAUCUAUCUAUCUAUCUAUCUAUCUAUCUAUCUAUCUAUCUCCCGUCUUUUGUUUUUAUCUAUCUAUCUAUCUAUCUAUCUAUCUAUCUAUCUAUCUAUCUAUCUCUAUUCUUCCCGUCUUUUGUUUGCCUGCCUAUCUAUCUAUCUAUCUAUCUAUCUAUCUAUCUAUCUAUCUAUCUAAAAAAAGAAAUGCAGGGCUGCAAUCUUUGAGUGUAUCUAAUCUAUCUAUCUAUCUAUCUAUCUAUCUCUAUCUAUCUAUCUAUUAUCUAUCUAAAUACCUAUGUUUAAUUUAUGUGUCUGUGCAUAUUUGUUUAUCUAUCUAUUAUCUAUCUAUCUAUCUAUCUAUUAUCUUAUUUAUCUAUCUAUCUAUCUACCUCUAUCUAUCUCAGUCAGUUCAUUAUCUAUCUAUCUAUCUAUCUAUCUAUCUAAAUACCUAUUCAGUUCAAUCUAUCUAUCUAUCUAUCUAUCUAUCUAUCUAUCUAUCUAAAUACCUAUGUUUAUUAAUAUUUAUGUGUCUGUUCAAAUAUCUAUCUGGCUAUCUAUCUAUCUAUUGUUUAGUUCAUGAUUAUCUAUCUAUCUAUCUAUCUAAAUACCUAUGUUUAUUAAUAUUUCUGUGUUUGUUCAUAUCUAUCUAUCUAUCUAUCUAUCUAUCUAUCUAUCUAUCUAUCUCAGUCAGUUCAUUAUCUAUCUAUCUAUCUAUCUAUCUAUCUAUCUAUCUUGUCUGUUCAUUUCUAUCUAUCUAUCUGUCUAUUUCAGUCUCUUCAUUUUUAUCUAUCUAUCUAUCUAUCUAUCUAUCUAUCUAUCUAUCUAUCUUUGCUUAUUCAUGUUUGUUCAUAUCUAUCUAUCUAUGUUUAUUAAUGUUUCUCUGUCUGUUCAUAUCUAUCGUAAUCUUUUUACUUUCUUUCUUUUUCGUUAUUUUUUCAUUCCUUUAUCUCAGUCUCUUUCUUUCUUUCUUUCUUUCUUUCUUUCUUUCUUUCUAA